UUUUUUUUUUCCGCUAUAUAAUCCUCCUUUCUUUCGUCUUUAGAUUCUAAUGCGUUUCUCAUCAUCAUCAUCAUUGCUGGGUGCAACUGCAUUGGCAGCUCUCGCCAUCUCUUCCGCACAAGUUCAAGAUACUCCUGUGGCUCCUCCUCACAACACAGAUUAUGUUGACAUUGUGUACUUGAACGACGGCAACGGCCCGAUCGGGACUGAACAUGUCCCCUUCAACACUUGCUUUGCCUCUGAGUUGGCCUUUUCAAAAUACUCGUUCCUUAACUUUGCACCCAAUAAUGCCACUAUCAACUUCUAUACAGAUUCCAAUUGUCAAAAUUUCACAUUUGGUCUUGAUGGAUACUAUGGUGGCUAUCCGGGCGCGGCCCGUUCCUUCAAGUGGGUUGGCUGGUCCACAGAUUCACUUGGAGAAAUCUUUAACAAGGCUCCUAUUCAAGGUCAAGGCGAUGCCGCUACAGGAGGAAAUGGCGGUACACAAGCACCUCCUGGUGGAGUGAACCCUAACGGAGGUACUCCACCACCUGCCCCCGCUCCUAACACAGGCAACAAGGAUCAAACUGGAGAUAACAACGGCACCAACAAUGCAGACGAUUCGACGUCAGGCUCAUCAUCUUCAACAUUCUUUGGAGGCGUGGUAGGAAGUGUGAUCGUUUUGUCUGCUGGCGGUAUCAUUUUUUGGAAGACAGCAGGAAAGAAAUUGGUGGAGGACAAGGGGAAGGGUGUUUUGCCUUAUAACAGGGUUGGCCGCGAUGGUGAUAUCCUCUUGACUAGCAAUAAUCGAGGCCAUGGUUCAUUCGAGAUUGGAGAUGAGGAUGACGAUGAUGAGGUUGACAGCCGUCCGCAGCGUUCGGGACGCCAGGAGCGUUACCGUGAUGAUGACCAUGCUUAAUAACUUAUUAAUAAAUAAGUAAUCAUAAAUAGUAGUAUGAACCAAACAAGAACGGAAGAAAAAUACACAUUUAUAUUUA